CCUUCCCCCCACCACCAUGACCAUCCUUGGCCUCCCGGAAUCAUUCAAAUCAACGGGCCCGGCCCAUUUCGACAUUGAAAAGGUCAUCCGACCAAAUAUUCUGUCCUUGCACCCGUACCGUUGUGCCCGAGAUGACUACAAAGAGGGAAUCUUGCUCGAUGCAAACGAAAAUGCCCUGGGGCACUCUAUGUCACCUGCAACCGAUGAAUCAGAGAUAAAUACUACCCUUGAGCUCAAUCUUCACCGGUAUCCUGACCCAUCCCACGAUCCCAUAAAGGAACGAAUAGCAGCCAUGCGUUCAAUCCCUGGCGUUGAUCAUGUCUUCCUCGGCGUGGGCUCAGAUGAAGUCAUCGACCUCCUCAUGCGUGUCUGUGUCGCGCCGGAGCGAGAGAAGAUCCUGAUUACCCCGCCGACCUAUGGCAUGUACGCUGUCUGUGCUCAGGUGAAUGAUAUCGGCAUCGUCAAGGUCCCUCUUGAGCUAAGUGGUGCCAAAGGAGAAGGCGGAACUGCUGGACGGUUCAGCGUGAAGGUUGACGAAGUUAAGAAAGCAGUAGAUGCGGAUCCUUCCAUCAAACUGAUUUUCUUGUGCUCCCCCGGAAAUCCUACAGGAACCCUCAUUCCUCUAUCCUCUAUACGGGAAAUACUUGAUUAUCCAGGCUUCAAGGGCAUCGUCAUUGUAGAUGAAGCCUAUAUCGAUUUCGCCGGCGCUGGUGCAAGUGCAGUAUCUCUCGUCAGAGAAUACGCGAACUUGUGCGUUAUGCAAACCGUCAGUAAAAGCUUCGGUCUUGCAGCUAUUCGUUUAGGUAUAGCCAUCGCCCAACCACCAUUAAUACAAAUUCUCUCGAAUACCAAAGCACCUUACAAUAUAUCCACACCCACCGCCCACCUUGCAUUAUCUGCCCUUUCUCCCUCAGCAGUGGAUACGAUGCAAUCCAAGAUAAAUACCCUCAUCGCUUCCCGGACUAAACUUCUCCAAUCAUUGUCCACCCGCGCCGGGCUAGGACCUUCCAUUGGUGGUAACGACGCCAACUUUAUCGUGGUUCCGGUCUUAUCCAAAGAUGGUACCAAACCUGACAAUUUCAGGUCGCAGAAGGUUUACAAGUCGUUAGCAGAGGAGAAUGGUGUUGUCGUCCGAUUUAGAGGCAAUGAGCCAGGAUGCGAAGGUUGUCUUAGAAUUACGAUCGGGAGCGAGGAAGAGAAUGGGGUAGUCGUUAGAAAGCUUUCAGAAGUACUUCAACAGUUGUAAGAAUACCAGGAACUAUAGAAAUACAAUAGAUGAUCUGACAU